AUGUCUAAAACAGUCGUCAUCCUCGGGGCCGGUUGGGCUGGCCUUCCGCUCGCCCACAAACUUCUCAAGUACACCGUUCCCAAGCUGUCUCAGUUGAAAGUCAUCCUUGUCACGCCAAAUUCUCAUUUCUUCUGGAAUGUCGCCGCUACGAGAGGAAUGAUCCCUGGAGAAAUUUCUAAUGAGGAGCUUUUUCUUCCUAUUGCGCCUGCUUUCGCCAGCUACAGUCAGGAUAACUUCGAGCUGGUGCUUGGUAAAGCGGAGGGGCUUGAUAUUGAAGGCAGCAAAGUGGCUGUUUGUAUGACUGAGGAUGGCAGCCAUAGAGAUAUCGCCUACGACGAGGUAGUCGUCGCCUCCGGAUCCAGCAUGCGAGGUGGAAUACCACUUAAACACGUGGGGGCACAAGAUCAGAUGGCCGCCAGCUGGAAGGCCCUCCAGGAGAAGGUCGCUAAUGCAAGAUCCAUUCUCAUCUCGGGAGGUGGCCCAACUGGUGUGGAGGUUGCUGGGGAGCUUGCUGCUCGUUACAAGGAGAAAGACAUCACGCUGGUAUUGAGCGGCAGCAAACCGGUGACAAGCGCAAUCACAUCGGUCCAGGACAUUGUAGACAAAGACUUACAAAAGCUGGGGGUGAAGCUUAUCCGCAACGCCCGUGUCGCCAACACAACGACCUCGAGCGAUGGAAAACAGACAGAAGUGUCGCUCUCCAAUAACCAGACGAGUUCGGUCGAUCUUUACCUACCUCUGCAUGGUUCUGUCCCCAACACAUCGUUCCUGCCGCACUCCCUUCUCGAUGAAUCUGGCAAUCUGAAACUCGAUUCAUACAUGCGCGCCUCGGGAGCCAAAAACGUGUGGGGAAUCGGCGACGUUGGCGAUCUGGAACCGAAGCAGCUCACGGUAACGGACAACCAGAUCGUGUAUCUCGCCGGGGCGCUGGAUGCUGCGCUGACGGGAUCUGGCAAGGUGGCUGAGUACAAACCGAUGGAGAAGACAAUGAUCUUCGUCUCAUUGGGACGGCGAUUCGCAAGCGGACAGAUUGGAGGGUGGAGACUGUUCGGAUGGAUGGUCAAUCUAGUCAAGGGGAGGAAGCUCUUUGUUGACACGGCGAAAGGGUAUGUGGACGGCAAGCACCUGAGACACGCGGCGAUGUAG